UGAUUUUGCAUUUCCGGGGAAAGAACUGUAAGUAAUCUAUACAGUUCUCUCCCCUGUCAGCUCCUGCACACUGCUAUGCAUGGUUUUGCAUAGCAGAGCCAUGCAGCAGUGUGCUUACAGUGAAGUACACACACACAGCAUACAGUUAACUCUUUGAUCGCCCCGCAUGUUAACCCCUUCCUGCCCAGUGCCAUUAGUACAGUGUCAGUGCUUUUUAUUAGCACUGAUCGCUGUAUUGGUGCCACUGGGGAUGUCAGUGACACCAAGUCAGUUCCCCCCA